AUGGACGCCUCCUCCCUCCGCAUCUCCAAGUUCGAUGGAACUAACUUCCACGCCUGGAAGUUCAAGAUGCAGAUGGUGCUGGAGGAACGGGACCUAUGGGAGGUCGUCAGCGGUGAGAUCAAGGCGGAACAGUGCGAGACUCAGUUGGACCAAGCGACGUACAAGAGGAAGUCAAGAAAGGCGAUGGCAGUGAUCUGUCUAGCCAUGGAAGAUUCCCAGCUACCGUUGGUCCGGUCGACAAGUGGUGCAUGCGACGCAUGGUCAAGGUUGGAAGACCACUUCGAGAAGAAGAGUCUUGCCAACAAGCUGUUCUUGCGCCGUCGCUUCUUCACGACAAUGAUGGAAGAAGGCGACGAUGUGCUCGAACACAUCAACAAGCUCAAGACGCUGGCGGAACAGCUAGAAGCGGUGGGGGAUCCAGUCUGCGAGGACGAUCUGGUGAUCACACUCCUCGGCAGCCUGAGUGACUCGUAUCAAUUCUUGAUCACAGCUUUGGAGUCGCGCUCAGACACUCUUAGCUGGGAGCUCGUGACGUCUCGACUGCUUCAUGAAGAAAUGAAGCGGAAGGAGCAAGGAAGUAAAGGUGAUGAAGCUUCGCAAGGUCAAGCGUUCAUCACAAGGGACAAUCAGCGCAAAGGGCGACCAGUGAAGAAGUCCUGGCCGUGCCACAAUUGCGGAAAGAUUGGUCACUGGAUGGCGGAGUGUGAUGAACUUUAG